AGGGGCAGUGAGGCGCAGUGAACAGGUGUCUCAUAGACGCGCGUUUCCGGUUCCUCUGCUCGGACGGUGGUCGCGGUGCGGAAGUGACGCACUGAAACCCCGCGGACUCUCAGUGUUUAUAACUCCGGAAGCGCAGUGAGAUUCUAACCUGAUGUUACAUCAGACAUGGCUGAAGUUUAGAAGAGUAAUAAACCCAGAGCUGGGGGUCACGUCUCCGAGCUCGGACUGGAACGUCCUCCCUCCUGCUUGGCAGCGCUCCAUGUUCGGAGGAGUCGGGGAAUGAAUGGCAACCAGGCUCUUUCUUUCUGUGAAGCCGGACUGGAAUGUGAGGCCUUUCCCCCCUCUUCAGACACCAUUAUCAUCAGUGAAAUAUUCCCUCGGCUGGGCCUAUUGUCCCCUUGCAGGGUGAACGUCACAGGCGCGCAGGUCCGGCCUCUCGGCAGGGUUUAAUCAGAUCGAGGCCCACCGCCACAGGGCUGGAGCGCGACAACGCUCUUCCACAGAGCUGUAAAGCAGUUUCACGUGGAAUAUCGGAUCGUUUCUUCUUUCUCAUUUGAACUGAAGGCUUUCAGAGCAUUAAAAGUGAUACUCUGAGUUGUGUUAUUACUGUGAAGAUGCUGAGAAAAGGAAAAGGGAUUCUGAAUUAAGGACAUCAAAGAUUUGAUUUAAAAAGAGUUAAAAAAAAGAGUUGACUAGCAAUAAUUCUGAUGGAGUCCUACAAUAUUCACAUUGAGAAGAUGAGUAACUUUGACCUGCACCCUCUUAGUCGACAUUCUCCGUCCAAGUCCAACAGUAGUAUAGAUCAAUACACGCACCAUCACGGCAAAGGAGAUUCUGCUUAUAGCUCUUUCUCUGGAGGAUCCACGGCCCCUGAUUACCCUUCACCCUUCCUCACAGAUGAUUUACACCCACGUAACCUGCACUAUGCUGAUCUGAAGUACGUGAAGGCCGUGUAUGGUCCCAGCAUCCUUGACGCCGAGUCAAAAAGUGUAACUCCUCUGUAUCGUUCCAUGGAGGCCAUUGCACACGAACAUCAUCAAAGCCAUAAUGGAUGCUCUCAUGUCAACAAUCCUCCAGGGCCUACCACCCAUUUACCAUCUCCACAUCUACCACCACCAUCUCCAACUUUACCACCUCCAACUCUACCACCACUAUCAUCUCCAACUCUACCACCACCACCAUCUCCAACUUUACCACCUCCAACUCUACCACCACCAUCAUCUCCAACUCUACCACCACCACCUCCAGCUCUACCACCACCUCCAGCUCUACCACCACCAUCAUCUCCAACUCUACCACCGCCACCACCAUAUGUCCAUUUAGACAGUUUUGUAACAAGUAGGAAUCUUGAAACCUCGGUGUUGAAACCUGAGGGUCAGCUUUAUGGAAUUUCCCCCUUUAAACAGCAAACAUCUGAUUCUGAAAUCUUGGCUUCCAGACCUGACCUUGUUUAUGAUCUCCAGGUUCCUCAAAAUUAUGAGAGAAAGCAAGACUUUGUGGAAAAGACCCCAGAGUUGAAGACACGAGCCAUCUUAUGGCAGCCAGAACAUUUACAGCAGAAUGUAGCAACGCAGUCAGAAAUUCAACACAACAGGUCACAUUCAGCAUGUGGGGUUACGGUCUCUGAGCAACAUCACACAGUCACCUCCUGGCACACGGCACCGACCACAAUCAGUGGAAGUGUUCAGCAUAAAGGACAGUUCUAUUUUGUCACUGGUGUGUACAAAUCAUCCGAGUUCAGUGUUCCACCACCACAAUGUCCGAGAGACCGCAUCGACACUCGCACACAAGCUGAAAUACAGAGAUCUCAUAAUACUGUGGAGAACAUGUUUCAGAAUGUUCCACUGGGGAAAUGGAGCAGUGGUGAAAUCUUUCAGGAGAAAAAAUUAACCACGCCAAAUGGAGAUGAAGAACCUUCAAGCAGCCGACAUUCCUCAGAGUCUCACAGUGUCACCGAUCUGGAAGUCAUGAAUACGGAUGGAGGCAGAUAUCACACCAACAAUCACCCGAUCUUCUACUGUGGCCCAGAGGAGAGCUUCUCAACAUCAUCUCAACAUAAACCUGUCCUUACUGAAUUAGACCAAAGUAUUCAUUUAAAACGAGAUGAACCUGUGAAUAAACUGACAAGACAACCCUUAUCUGCUGUGCCCACAGAGAAGAUCAGCAAAGAGACCACUCCUCUUCUGUACCACCUCACUGGAGCCAGCAGGGCGUCCGUCACGAAGAGCGUAAAAAAUAAGAAAAACUUGAGUUUGGGAUGCAAGGAAUCGGACUGUGGUAAAGAUCAUCAGGAAGCAGGACAGCGGUCCGUUUCUUCUAGUGGUCCCUCAUUACACAGUGAAGUGGCUAAAGAGAUGAAGCCCAAUGAGUUUUAUUAUUUGUGCAACACCAUGGAUGAUUCCUUCAAAAAAUAUUAUAAAGAAAAGCUUAAGGAUGCACAAACCAAGGUUUUGAGAGAGACUUCGUUCAAAAGAAAAGAUCUCCGACUCUCUUGGCAAAAGAUCAUUGAAAAGUGCUGUGAUCAAAGGCUCUCCGUCGUACCUUCUGGUCCUCCUUCUCAAGAAAACCCCCAUCCAGCUCAUCUGCCCACGUUUCAGAACAUAGACACUUUGAAUAACUCUAGCCGCACAAUGAAGAAAGAGGCGGUGAAGCAGCAAAAUAUCGCUCAGCCACAGGUGCCUCGAGUGGGCUGUCGGAAACGUCUGACCCUGGAACAGAAGAAGCUGUCCAACUCUGAGCCAGAAAAGCUGCACCGUCUGGGAGAAGGUCCGAUACACGUGGCAUGCCGUUCCCUUGGCAGUGAGAGUGAAGGACUGCUCUCAGAAGGUCAUCUGGGUCACCACAGUCUCAUCUCAACCAGACGUAAGAUGUUUGAGGUGAGAGGGCGCACGAUGUCGGCUUGCAGCUUCUCCAAAAACACUCUGAAGCACUAUCAACAGGAGGCCUUGGUCGCGUAUAUGGAACGUAAAACUGGCUGCAGGGUUGCGCAGCCGCAACAGCCAGCUCCACAGGUUCCCACAGCGAGGAGGAGUUCUGACUGGGAUCUGAAACCUUAUUCCAGAUCCAAGGAGAAGCUGCUUAGACCUCUCUCUGCUAGUCGUAUUCAGGAUUCAGCUUCCAUCAGGUACGCCCAAUUCCCGUCUGCGCAACCCGGCGGCCACUCGCAACAGUCCAGCUGGAAAGAUCAACCAUCAGCUCCAUCAGAGACUCCAUGUGCCUCUGUGGAGGAUCUCCUGGAGGAACAUCAGCGACCUCAUCCACACAUAAGCUGCAGGACUUCAACGCCUCAUUUCUUUUAUCAGACCCAGAAACACUUGGACUCCUCUACGCGUGAGAGAGAUUUCUCCAGAGUGGAGAUUAAAGUGGAAGGCGAGAGAGCAGUGUGUAAGGAGUAUGCAGCGUCGGUUCCAGAUCAGCAGAGGGUCCGGAUGGUGGCGUCCAGAGGGAAAUCGAUGGAGGAGCUUGGACUGUCCAGGGUUUCCAGGCCUAAAGUUCUGAGCAAAAGCUCGGAUCACCUGAACCAGAUCCAGGGAGCACGCAUCCUGCAUGGCGAGGAGAACAGAGACGACGUUGAGCUCAGACCUGACCACAGGACCUUUAAGGAUCCAGGUUCAGUAGAACACACAUCUGCAGUGGGCCACUCCUGGGUCAGAACAUCUUCUGUUUCGGGGAAAGAAUGCAAAGUCACAGCUGCACCCAGUUCUCCCAGAGGAACCAGUGAGAACAAUCUGAUUGUCAGGAAAGUUAAUGAAGUUCCUCAAGAACCGUUCCUAAUGAAGGGUGAGAUGCCACAUGGAGAUGUGAGUGAUGCCCACUCCAAUCAUGAAGUAUUUCUCAGCUUUGGGGUCACAACCGACCCCAGUCUGUGGCUCUUACCACCGGGGACGGAUGACGAGAAAACACAUGAGGACACAACGUCCCAACCUGCACUCCUCUGUCACCAUCAGAACACACAACCUGCUGCGUGUGGCAGGAUCGCGUCAGUGUCGGGGUGUGAGGGCUUAGCAGCGGUUCCUGCUCCUGCACUUGAUGGAGCUCAGGAAAGGAAGACGAAAGUGGAAAGGAAGUGUCCCAUAGACCCGCCUCCUCAGUGGGAGACCCUGGUUCAUGAAGUGGUUUCAGCAGAUGGGUCAUUAGCUCGCGCUCUGUGUCCCGUUACAAACCGGAAGACUGCCGUCAUGCUCAUGGAGCAGAUGUUAUCUGAAGACCAUCUUUUGAUGGAAGAUCACUACAGGAAAAAACACGAGCAGAAAACUGCCACACCUGAGCAGACAACAUACAGGUCGUGUUCUGCUGUGGAUGAUGUAAACAGCUCAUCAGCACCAAGCGGUGGUUCAAUUCCCACGAAUCCUCCUCGUGCCGUCUACAGUCCAGGAGCGACGGUCACCGAGAAGAAGAGGCAGCUGAUGGCUCAUAUCCACGAUCAGCUGGACUCUCUGGAGGGGCUGCGCUCGUCCCUGCAACGUGAGGAGAAGGAAAUUGGGCUUCUGGGUAAUUCCCUAGAGGUUGUGGUGCGCGAGAGCUGUUUACCUGCCGAGCUGGAGCGCUACACGCAGUUCAUUGAAGACCUGGAGCGCGUCCUCAGCCUGCUGUUGUGUCUCUCAGCACGUCUGGCCCGAGUGCAGAAUGCCCUGAGCACCGUGGACGAGAACAUGGACUCCGAGGAGAAGGAAUCUCUGGUCAGUAGACAUCACCUCCUGUGCAAACAGAGGGAGGACGCCAAGGACCUGAAGGACAACCUGGACCGGCGGGAGCGCAUGGUCUCCACAUUCCUGGCCAAACAGCUGACGGAGAACCAGCUGCAAGAAUACCGGCGCUUCGUCCAGAACAGAGCUUCGCUCCUCAUCCGCCAGAAAGACCUGGACGAAAAGCAGCGGCUCGGGGAGGAGCAACUCGAGGCGCUAAUCAACAGCAUUCCUCCGUGAACAACGUGAAUUUCUCUUCCGUCUCUGUGGAUAAAUUUAACAGUCUGUAAUAUUUGGGGACGAUGCUCUCCGUGACUCGUCAUGAAAUACUUCAUCGUAUAAAUCACAUGAACUUUACAUUCAGAUCCGUAAUUCUGACCUAAAGCUGUUAAUAAUCGAGGCAGUUUUACAGACACUCCGAGUCAAAGCACGUAAACGCCUGAUGCUGUGGUGCUGAACUGCUGAAGCCAAAACACACGAAAAGGAGAAACGUUUAUAGAGAGUGUGUCUGUAAUGUGUGUGUGUGUCUGUAAUGUGUGUGUGUGUGUGUGUGUGUGUUUUACCUUUACAUGUGUACACUUUUUAUCUCGGUGGUCGUUUGGAUGCUGAGGUGCUUUGAGGUUGAGUUUGAGGUAAAAGCAGACCUGGCAGUGCGAACAUUAAUGCCCUUUGAGUUCUGCUUUGAAUUUUCUGUUGUGUUUAAUUUAUUUGAGUCUGAAUGCACUCGAAGACCAAAAAGAGGAAAAAAGCACUUUGUUCUUGUAACUCUGUACAUUUCUAAUUUCAUAAGUAACUGAAUGCAUUUAAUGUUUAUUUAUUUUAUUGAUCUGAAGUCCUAAUGAUCUUCACUGACAUUUAAAUUCUACAUUCAUCUGUUUUAGUUUGACUUCGUCGUGUUUCCUUCUUUGCUGCUGAUUUCCAGCAGAUGAAAUGUGUGUAAUUUCUAACGGACACGGCCUUAAAGAAGUGAGAUGUUGUCAUGAGAGUCAUCAACCUAAUACUCUACUGGUGAAAUCAUCAGGAAACCAACACGAACUGAACAGAGGAAGAGCUCUGCACUUUACAGCUCUGAGGUCAAACACCACUUCCUUCCUGUUUCGACAGGAGGCCGGACCCGUGGGCCGACGCCCACUGUGACCUGCAGCCGGGAUGAAAGUUCUGCUGCAGCUCCUUUAACGGUGGAUCAGUAAACUGUGCCCACGCAGGGAUGGGAUAUAAAUAUAGAGUUUUAUAAAAGGAAGAAAUGCAAAAAUCUGUUUCUCAGAGCGCGAUGGUGGAAGUUCAGGACGUUUAAUUUUUUAAUGAACACAAAAACAAACGCGCACAAAGAUCUCAUUCUGUAAAAUGGUGACGUUCAUCCUGACUCUUUAAACUCCGAGUUGAGUGCAGUGGGGUUUUUGUGAUUUUUGCACCCAGAACUCGCCCCGGUGUUCUUUAGAUUUUGCAGUUUUGAGUACGAUGUGUGUUUUUAGUUUAAGAGUCACACAAAACUGAGAAAUCUUCUACAAACUAAAAAGUGUAUUUUAUUCA